AUGUCAUCUGAACCCCUACCAAUUUCCAAGCUACCAACUGAUUUUUCCGAACUUCACAAACAAGAAAUGGCAAGAAGAGAAAAAGAGGAGCAGGAAAACAACAAAUGGGUUUUUGAGAAACCAACUGCUGAAGAAAAUCAAAAACCAGCUGAACCGAGACGUUUAUCCCCGGAAGAAAUUGCACUUUGGGAGUCUCUAGGCGACUCCAAUGACGAGGAUGAAGAAGAAGAAAGAAUAGAUAAGGAGAGCUUAAAGAGGAAAUGUAGGAACCACAUUAACAAUAGACUCCAAAUUUUGAAAGAAGGAACGGAAGAGAUUUUGACAACUAGAGGCAAGUUUUUCUUCAUCUACCUACAUGUCUAG